AUGGUAAAGAAAGUGUCUGAAGUGAAAAUGAACAAGAAAGAAGAAUUAAGAGCAAUCGGUAAUGGAGUGUUUGCUAGGCAAGAGCUCUUGAAGGGUCAGUUUAUUCUCGAGUACAGAGGAGAACUAUGUAAACAGCAGUCUGAUGGUGAUGAAAUGUUCAAAUACCAUUUCAGACAUAACAACAAGGAAUACUGCAUCGAUGCCUCAAAAGACACGUGUCUGGCAUGCAUGGUCAACGACUUGGACCGAUACACAAAGCCUAAUUGCAAAAUGGUUAAAGUUGUUGAUGACAGACAUCAACCAAGACUCUGUCUGUAUGCAACUGAAAUGAUCAGCAAAGACACUGAAUUGAGGUACGAUUAUGGUGUUGCUGAUGUACCUUGGAGAAAGCGAAAGAUGCUGUUAAAGAUGGUCAUACAGCUGCAGAUACUACAGAGGUCACAGAAACAUCUGAAGAUGCCCUCGGUGAAUCAGCAGAAGUCUUGGAACAUGCUUAUCAUGAUCUUAAUACAAUCAACUCAACUGUGUGUUUCAAAUGCUGUAGGGAACAGUGGGACAGUUGCCCCAUCCACAGUUGCCCCAUCCACAGUUGUCUCUGAACAUGCUGAAGGGCCGCCUCAAGAUGCUGUUAAAGAUGGUCAUACAGCUGCAGAUACUACAGAGGUCACAGAAACAUCUGAAGAUGCCCUCGGUGAAUCAGCAGAAGUCUUGGAACAUGCUUAUCAUGAUGCUGUAGAAAUCAGAGGGAUAGUUUACCAUCCACAGUUGUCUCUGAACAUGCUGAAGGGCCGCCUCAAGCAAUGUUCAAGAUUUGACCCAGGAGCAGCUACAGUAUUAUGGUUGAUCAGAGUGAGAGGCAUCUGCGGAAAAUAUUUGGAGGAUAUAUUCUCUGCGAGAGACAUAUUGCAUUCAAGCAGGAAGGAAGAAGCAAAAAUGCUGUUAAGACGAUUAUACAGUUGCAGAAACAACAGAGAUCUCAGAACCAUCUCAAGAUGCUCUUGGUGCAUCAACAGAAGAUCAGAAGUGGACCAUGCUUAUCUUGAUGCUACAGGGAACAAUGGUACAGUUGCCCCAUCCACUGUCAUCUCUGAACAUGCUGAAGGGCUGCCUGAAUCCAGGAACGUUCAGCGUUUAACAGAGGAGCAAGGCCAACUCCUAAGAAAAUGUCGAAGUGUUCAACAUUACAAUGAGACGGGAACUGAAGAUGAUAGACUGUAUUAA